AACUCUCUGUUCAAUUUACGUAUUCCAAAUGAGUUUUAAGGGGAGUGUUGCAUGAUCUGUGAAAUUCUUCUAAGAUGAACACCUCAGACAGUUUAGUGAACAGCAGUAAUGCGAGCCUCAAAGACACAUGUUCUCCUGAGGCUCAGCACAUGUCUCUGGCUGUGAUCCUCUGUCUCGUCUAUCUGCUGGGCCUCCUGCUCAACGGAUUCAGCCUUUGGGUUUUCACCUGUCGCAUUCAUAAAUGGAACUCUGGAGCCGUUCUGCAGUUCAAUCUUGCUCUAUCUGACACCAUCAUUACUCCACUUACCCCACUGAUGGCAGCGUACUUCGCCAUGGAUAGCAACUGGAUUUUUGGGAGUUUCGCCUGCCAGCUGAAGAUUGCCGUGCUCAGCAUCCACUUCAAUGGCAGUGUGAUCUUCCUCACACUCAUUAGCAUUCAUCGCUAUAUGACCGUGAUUCACUUCAACCGCUCCUCGUUGAUGAAAAGGAAGACUUUCGUGAAGAAGCUGUGUGCUGGGAUUUGGUGUUUUCUGAUAAUAAUUGGCAUUGCCUAUGGAUGGUUGCUUCCUGUAACCACUGAGGAAAAUCACGGGCAGUGUCUUACUAUUCAUCAGACAACAUUGACAGAUGCUUACUUUGUUAUUAACUUUGUGACUUUUUUCUUUUGGUGUAUUUUACCCUUAACUAUAUCAGUGUUUUGCUACAGUCGCCUUGCGAGCUCAGUAUCCCGCAUCAACAUAAAUUCUGUUCAGGGCCAAUCGUUCAAGACUAAAUCCUUGAGGAUGAUAGGGCUAUGUCUGGUCAUAUUUGGCCUUUGCUUUCUUCCUCUCAAUGUUGUUCGGACCCUUGGAGUAGUCAUGAAAAAGUAUCACCCUAAGAGAUGUAGAGUUCUGUUGCAGUUGGAAACAGCAUAUUAUGCAUGCUAUAUAUUGGCAGGAAUCAACUGCUGCUUGGACCCCCUAAUAUACUUUUUUGGAUCACGUAAUUUUAUUAAAGCAUUCAGGAGUUCUCUUAGGCUAAUAGGGGUUAAACGCAAUGCUGAAAACAAAAUUGAAUCAGAAACAUUAAGUGUAAACAGAAAUGUAAUUUUUACUGUCUCCUAGUGAAUUUUAAAGUUGGCAUUAGAUUUGUGACCAUAUUUUCAUAUUAUAACAUAAAUCCAAGUGAAAUGUGUUGGGUGGCUUUUGUCCAUCUGAAUUGAUUGGAUGGUUGUGAUUUCUAUUACUGUGAUGCGAGCAGGUUGCCCCGCCCUUGCGCCAGUAAACAGAGAAGAGAAGUUGCUGCAGGAGGAGAGGAAAUUAUUUUGAUUAAAGAUUAUGAUAGCACAUGAAUUUAAAACAAAUAAUGAUGUGUAUGGACAAAUCAUUUAUCACUGCAUGGACUUUUCUGCUAACAACACUGAACUGAACUGCACUGAACUGAAAUGCAUUAAAUAUGUUUUAAGAGAUGAAAAUAAAUAACUACUAUGCAUUGUGCAAGGCUAGCAACCCUUC